GUUCGUUUUUCAGACGGUCACUGAAGGCAGCAAAAGUUCGAAAAGUAUGGCGGCGGAGUGUUUGACAACAUUAACAGAGCAGUGGAUCCGAGACAGAUUACAGCUUAAACACCCCUGUCUCGGUGAUGUUCGGUCUUUGAGCCUUCCAGGGACGUUUGAAGAGAAGAUCAGACAUCUGGGAAAAGCUCUGAACAACUUUGUCCGUCUGAAGUCUCUGGAUCUGUCCUGCAAUGCGCUGGUUUCUGUUCAGGGGGUGCAACACUUGAAGAUGCUGGAGAGGCUGAUCCUCUACAAUAACCGCAUACCUUCCCUUGAAGAGGUGGAAGUGCUGUUUGAGCUGAAGGCUUUGAAAGAGCUGGACCUCAGGCUCAACCCUCUGACGAGAAAUUACCCUCACUACCGGCCUUAUCUGGUGCACGCCAUGCCCAGCCUGCGCAAGCUCGAUGGCUGUUCAGUCCGAGACACCGAACGCAAAGCUGCCAUACUGCAGUUCUCCUCUGACGUUCUUCCUCAGCAGAAGAGCUCCUCUCUGAAUCCAACAGAAGAUCAAAAAAGCAGCAAUCAGAGGCUGGCUUUAGUCAACCGCUUAACCAAGAGACUUUCACUCCUGACUGACAGCCAAGAUAUUGUGUUGAACUUUGUUGAGACAAACCACAGAGGCCAAAGUGAAACCGUCUCAUUUCACAAGGAAGCAGAGGAACUCACAGAUUCAGAAGAUUUUACACAACAAAGGAGUUCAACUCCAAAACAGGAAACGGCAAAAUCCAUCCUCAGGUAUCCCCCCACCAAAAAUGAUAACACUGAGUACAAAGGGCUGCAGGUGAAAGAACCUUCUCAUAAUAAAACCUCUACCUCAACGAAAGUGGCUGAAAGACCGAAAGUGUCCUUUGGCCCGUACAUAGAGAAACCUGUGUCUGGAAAACAAAAGCAGAAGGACUCGUCCAAACAAAGCAGACAUGCAGCCAAGGGCCAUUUUACCCCAAAUCCUGAUCAAAGCCAACGUCAUAGCUCUUCAUUUAGUAACAUCAGACCUCCCAGUCCAAGACGUCCUGCUUUGAAUCUGUCCGACCCCUCCAACCCCAUCUUACAUCCCCCACGACUGACCUACUCCAGCUUCAACAAGACAGAAGAGGGCUCCAGUCAGCCGCAACAAGCCGACAAGAAAAAAAGGGGCAGCUACAGGAAGCCUCUGGAGAUGCUCCUCAACCUCGUGGACAAACACUGGACAGGAGAGAGAUCGCUGCAUCAUAACAACAACUUCCUAUCUCAGGCGGUGCAGAUCCUCUCGAUGAUGGAGAGCGAUAUUUCCAGUCGGGAAGCUGAGGUCAGGACCUUAAGACGGGAGGCUGACGCACUGAGUUUUCAGGCGACGGUGCGAGAGGAAGAGCACAAGUCUGAAGUUCGUAACCUUUCUGCUCAGCUGGAGGAAGCUCGCACAGCAGUCGGCACAUUAAACGAGCAGCUGAGGAUCGUGUUGGAGGAAAAUGUUGCUCUGCAGAAACAGCUCAUCAAGUUAGAACGUCAAUAUCUCAAGUCCAUGAUGAAGAGCUCGCCUAUUACUCAGAUCAGAGAGGCCCAGACAGAAGUGGAGGAGCUCAGAAAAGAGAUCGAGGGUCUGAGGAAGAAAGUGCAGGAGGCCGAGAACGUCAAAGAGCUGUCAAAUAUGCUGCAAGAAAGCCACAGGUCCCUGGUGGCGACCAACGAGUGUUUGCUGGCUGAGCUGAAGGGAAGUGGCGAACAUUAAAGCAGAAUUUGACUGCAGAGAUGCACUCCAAGAUGAAAAAAAAUAUCAAAGCAAGAGUAUGCCAAGCAUCAUAUUAGCACAAGGUGCAGCAGCUAUUGACUGUUUUAAUUCAUUUUGACUUUAUUUAUACCACUGCAGCGUACAUUUUUAAUGUGUGUGUUCAGUUCUCAGCCCUUUUGAUGAAUUAAGUGUUUAAUAUUCAACAAAAAAAAUGUAUAGGCUGCGUUUGAUGGAUGUAAACAGUAAGAAGAGAAAGGCAAUCCAUUCAUGAAACUUUGUAUGUAAGUGUGUGUCAGUGCUGUUAACAAAUGAUUUUAGGGGAAAAAAUGUUAGCGAGAAGGUCAGAAUGUAUUUCCUGGCAAGAUUGUCUCUCUCCGCUGUUUUUGUUUUCUUUUUAGGUCAAUUUUGUGUCCAUCUGCUUUGUAUGCUGCAGUGGAGUGAAUGCAUCUAGAUUCCAGCUGCACUGUGACUUUAUUUAUACCUCUGCCUUCAGGCUCCAGAACUGCACACACGCAUGCACUUUCCUCUCGCAAACAAGGCCUGGCGAGACCAGGUUAGAAUUUGGAUUCUACACAAACUGAAUGUUGUUUUUAAUGUGAAUGUUACAGGUCACUGGUUGGUGCUACCGGUGUGGAGUUUCACAGUGAUUCAGAAAAAAGACAGAAGAAUGCUACACAUGUUUUGACAGAUAACCCCAGAACCUCCUCAGUGGAGAUUCUGGAGGUUUUUGUUUUUUUUUAAAUUUUAUUUUAUUUUCAAUAAUGCACUACAAAUCAUGAACACACUUUUAAGAGACCUAAAGAACAAAAACAAAGAAAUAGCACACUGCAUGCACUGGGGCACAAUAGUACAUUAAGAGUUAUUUGAAAAAAAGACAAUAUUGUUCUUCCACAUUAAAGGUGCACAGUAUUUGGCAUUAAGCACAGAAAACAGAUCAAAAGCUACUGCAGCGGACGAAAACUAACACACUGAUAGCUGCUAGUUUUGCACUUGAUGCAUGAUUCUUCAUCAGCUGAGGCUACAGGUCGUAGAAGUGACAUCAAACUGUCAUCAUGUUUGGAAAAAUAUUGUACAAAAGUAUAUUACUUGUUUGCAAUUUUCCCUUUAUCCGAUACCGUAUGCGAGGAAACAUUAAAACCCUGGUUUAUUUUUUGUUAAAUUUGUGCCUUGGAUGACAGUACCCACACAAAAGAAAUACUCUAAAUCUUCAUCAACAGACAAAUAUUAACAGCAUUAGAGGAAAGCUGACUUUGUACACGUACAAGUAUUGAUUUCAAGCAAGAUUUCGUCAUGAUCCCGCAAUUUCAAUCACUUAAUGUUUUUUUUUUUAGCGAGGAAAUAUUGAUGUCCGUCCAGUAGUCUGUCCUCACAGCAGGCACGGCAAUUCCGGUAAAAGAUAAUGACAAACUCCUACUGUCUUCUAUAUGCUUCUGAAUCAAAUGCAAUAUAUAUAACAUGCACAAAGUACAGCAAUAAAGAAAAAACAUGAAGCCAGUGUCUUAAAUUGAGCCAUGUGGCUGAAACUUUUUAGAAUAUACACAAUCUUACCACAAAUAUAUUAGAACUACUGUAUAGAAAUCUGAUGAGGAAAUGAUAAAAUGUUAAAAAUACAAUCUUGUACAACUGAGCUCAUCUACUGUGGUUAGAGCUUCUGUUUUCAGCUUAAUUCACCAAUUUAGUGCUCAAGAUGCAUGUUAGGAAAAUGGACUGUGUAAAAUUAGAGUCUGGGAAAUGAGAGUUUAAGAGAAAAUAGAUUUUGUUUCAGAGUUAAGGGCAGAUCCAUUGAGAUUUGCACAGGAGGACUUUGCUUUUAAAUGCUUUGAAUCUUCACAAAAGCAUAAAGAUAUGACACAAGUCACAAAAACUACUUUUGAACCGAUUUGACAGAAAAACCUUAGUGUGUUUUAUUGGUCUGAGCUGAAGGCAAAUUAUUCAAAUGACAGUGUGAGCUUAUAAAUUAAUUAAAAAGACGAACAGCAGAUUUUGCAAAGACUCAACAGUUGACGAGCAGAUGGCAGACAAACAAUUAACACCGAAGAUGGAGUCCACAAUGUAAGUUUUCAAAGGAAAUAAACAUCAAUGAUAUCUAUAUAUGUCAAAAACGUGUGCCAAUUAUCUUUGAAACUGCAAAACAAAUUUAAAUACGGCUUUAUGUGGGAAUUUCCAUUAAAAAGUGCAAUGUUGAGAAUUCAUCA